GCGCAUGCGUACACACGCUCGUAAGAAGGCCGGGAGUUCGAGGUGGACGAUGGCGGAGCUGGGUGAGGCGGACGAAGCGGAGUUGCAGCGCCUGGUGGCAGCCGAACAGCAGAAAGCGCAGUUCACCGCACAGGUGCAUCACUUCAUGGAGCUAUGCUGGGAUAAAUGUGUGGAGAAGCCAGGGAAUCGCCUAGACUCUCGCACUGAAAACUGCCUCUCUAGCUGUGUGGACCGCUUCAUUGACACUACUCUUGCUAUCACCAGUCGCUUUGCCCAGAUUGUACAGAAAGGAGGGCAAUAGGCCAUCCCUUGGGAGAAUGACUGAAGAAACAAAGGACUUGUUAGAGCAGAUUGAUGGGCCACUGGGGGAAGGUCGGCAGCCCGUUGUCAGGUGAACUUGAGGCUGUUACCAAGCCUGUUGGUGCUUAAAAAGUCACAGAUCAAAUGUUCAAAAAGUGAAAUUUAUUUAUUUGGAAUUCAGAAAUUCCAUGUUGUAUCACAACAGUUGCUCAAUAAAUGUGAAUUCUCCAACUCUU